AUUGAAACUGUUGAUCAAAUUUUCUUACAGUUCAGCAUCGGCAUGAUCAUAAUUAUACUCGUUUCUUCAUGUGGCGGCGAUAGUACUAGUCCCACAGGAUUACCUGCCGAGACAAUCGACCAAACUCAGCAGUCUCAACAAGACAUUGAAACUGGACAAAGGAAAGUCCUAGUGUUCAAAGAAAUCGAACAAGAAGAAGAAGGAGGCGGUAAACAAUUUUGUUCAAUUUGUUUGGAAGAGUACGAGGAUGAUCAUGAGAUUAUGCGUUUAAACAAAUGUGGACAUAUUUUUCAUCAUUUUUGCAUGGACUCUUGGCUUGCACGUCACCGGAGCUGUCCAAAUUGUCUUCGUUCUGUUGAUCUGAAUUCUUGAGUUUUUUGGUCUUCAUAUUAUAAUCAUUUUAGUAAUUUACUAGGUAAUAUUAUAAGUUUUGUGACUCAUUGAAUCGUGACAAAAAAAAGUUUUGAAGAGUAGAUUGUCAAUAUUUUAUACUAAUCAAAGUUUUGGUCAAAGGUUUCACAAUCGAACUCAAGUUGACUUUGAAGCUAUGUUUGUUUUAUUAGGACAUAAAUACUCUUUUAUUAUUGGUCUACUUUCCACCGGUUCAAGCUUUUUUCCUUGUGCAAUACUUUUAUGGAUAUUGAGACUUGAGAGUGGUGAUCGAAUGCAAUACUUUUACAUCCGCAACAACUUCAAGCUUAGAUAGAUUGAUGGGAUGCCACCACCAUUGAUGCUUUGCUUUAUUAUAUGCGUUUUUAAUGACCGUGUGUGGUGGAUGAGAAGUCACAGGCCCCUCGAAGGGAUAACAUAUAACGUUGUUUUGUUUCCUAAUCAGAGGAUAUAUCAUAUGAUAAACAAAAGGUACAUAUUCCAAACAGACCCUAAUAUUUUGAUGGCUUAUUCACAUGUAAAUAUAAAUAUAUAGAUAUCAAACACAUCGAAAGCUAUUAGAUGAAACCAAACUCCACAUUUACGGGUCAUUAGUGCAUCGACAUGGGCAGCAAGCACCUGCUGGAGCCGGUG